CGACGUGUAAAGGAGAAGAUAAGGAAAGUGAGCAGCCGAAACGGAAUCGGUGUAGGGGGGGGAAGGGUGUGACGGCCCCAGGCGAAGGAGUCGGGGACCAUCUUGGGAUCAGGCAGUUCCGAGGACACACUCCCGCCACGGAAGCGGAGGCGGCUCUGCGCCAUCCUUCGGGGAGCGACAGAGAAAAGGACCCCACACCGCGAGGAGCGGCAGAAGAGGCCGAGAAAUGGAGUUGUUGGGCGGCUGCUACGAGCAGAUCCUGUUUGGAUUCGCAGUUCGGCCGGGCGAGACCUGGGAAGCUGUUCCUGAUUUCACUCACCAUGCCCACAGUGCUUCAUUGUCAGCUGUGGCUGUGAAUGACAGAUAUGUAGCCACUGGUAGCAAGGAUGAAACCAUACAAAUCUAUAAUAUGAAAAAGAAAGUGGAAUACGGGGCGUUGAUGCAACACAAUGGCACCAUAACCUGCUUGGAAUUCUAUGGAAGCGCACAUCUGUUGAGUGGAGCUGAAGACGGUGUCAUGUGUAUUUGGAAUACAAAAAGAUGGGAAUGUUUGAAGUCCAUUAAAGCACACAAAGGACACGUGACAUCUCUUUCCAUUCAUCCUUCUGGAAAAUUGGCUUUGUCAGUGGGAACAGACAAGACGUUGAGAACAUGGAAUCUUGUAGAAGGGAGAUCUGCAUUCAUAAAAAAUCUAAAACAGAAUGCGCAUCUUGUUAGAUGGUCACCUAGUGGUGAGUUGUAUGUGGUGGUUAUAGCUAACAAAGUGGACCUGUACAAGCUUGAAACUGCUUCUAUCUGUGGCACCAUUGUUACAGAAAAGAGAAUAUCUUCUGUCAAAUUUAUUACAGAUUGCAUACUUGCCAUUGCAGGAGAUGAUGAAUUUGUACGAUUAUUUGACUGUGAGUCACAGAAGUGCCUUUGUGAACUGAAAGCUCAUGAAAACAGAAUAAAAGAAAUCUACUGUAUCGAAAAAGAAGGCUUACAUGUUCUGGUGACAGCAUCAAGUGAUGGAUAUAUUAAGAUGUGGAGUAUUGAUCUUGACAAGAUUAAGAAUGCCCCAUCAUUGCUAUGCGAAGUCAAUACUAAGGCGAGACUCACGUGUCUCGCUGUGUGGCUCAAAAGGAAUUCUGAAACAAAGGAGACCACUACUGAUGCCUCAGCAUCUUCAUCUCAAGUUCAUGAAGCAGAACAACCAUUGAUUAAGAAGAAGGAAAUUGGUUGGACUAGUCACGAAAAGCCAUCAGAUAGAGAUAGUCAAGAUGCCCCCAUUAAAAGAAAAGUUCCAGAUGUAUAUCAAAAGAAGAAAAAAAGAUUAAAAUGAAUUCAUGUUCAGUAUCACACUUAAUAUAUAACAAGUUUUAUCUUUCAUUUUCAAAACUUUUUUCUGUUUAAAACGGCAUGACAUUUCAUUUAUGAUUAUUUGAUUUAUUAAUAUGAAAAGUAACAAUUUUAUUUAAUUUAAACGAUUGUCAGAGUUUGUAUUUUCAGGGGAGAAUAUCUUUCAAAAAAUUUUUGUAAAAAAAUCUGAAACUUCACAUUUCGGUAGUAGUUAAAUUUGUUUGGUAAGCUGUUAAUUUGAUCCUGGAGCUUAUGGAUGCAUUUUUUAAAUUGAAGUUUGUUUAAUUCUAUUUUGAUGUAACACCUGUUGAAGUCAGAUGGGGCAUGCCUAAAUACAGAAGGAGGUGCAUAUAGAACCAUGUAUAAAUUAUCACCAGUGUGACUCCAUUUGUUGUCAUGUGCCAUCAAGUUAUGUCCAGCUUAUUGCGAUCAUGGUACAAUGUUCAAGGUAUGUGAUAUAUUCAAACAGUGGUUUAUCAGUGCCACACAUCUCCAGUAAGGUUCCAUAGCCAAGAGAGGUUUUGAACUUGGAUAUCUUGAGCUCUAAGCUGGCCAUAAAGUAUGUCAAGUAUCUGACUGAAGAGCCAAAAGUGUUGGGAGUUAGGUCCACCAGUGUGCAUCCAAGGAGAAGAGCCAUUUUGUGUGGCUUUGGGCAAGCUGUACAAUCCCAGGACACCCUCAGAAGAAGGGAACCAUAAACCAAUUCUGAAUAUUCUCUACCUACAAAACCUUGAAAAGGAUCAUCAAAAGUCAGAAUUGGCAUGAUGGCACAUUACCAUCAUCCUCUCCUGAGCUGCAGUCUGUCACUGUACCCACUGCACCAUGCUGGCAGCUCUUAUUUCUAAAACUUCUGUAAUCUGUUAUGUUAAUGGAACAAUUAUGUCUCAAAUACCAAAAGCUCACUAGUAUACUUUCUUCAAAGUACUUUUACAGGUGCCAAAUUGUAUAUUUUGUUUUCCAAAUCCUUUUCUAUUUCUUGCUGUUUGAAACAAAACAUUCACUUUUAAUUAGGAAAUUGUGGCUUAAAUCCUGUUUCUUAAUUAUGCAUGCAGAAGGCAAACAGCAUACCAGUUGCUUUUCACUGGCAAUGAAUGAGUUGCCAUUAGAAUUCUUGGGGGCAUGUACACCCACUGCCUUGGUACAUGCUUGAGAAUCCCAGUGGGGCCUUGUUAAUUGCUAGCCAGAAGCCAUUGGAAGGUACUGCAUCCCUAUUUGUGUUCCACAUGCAUAACUAAACAAGGACAUUGGCCUGUAUAUUUAGGUAGUUUGCUGGUCUGUUUGCUCCAAUAAGGAACAGACUUAUUUGUACAAAAAAUAUAUACAUGGAGCCCCUUUUCUACUUUGAAAAGACUAUCCAAGUAUUGACUAUAAAGCAAAGCAGUAUAGCUAAAACUUUCAUAGUCACUAAUACUUACGGUGUGGGAUGCCUAUCACAGGCACAUCCACCAAGGAACAUUACCAGUAGCCUGAUUCUUCUUGCAUUAAAAUGAGUGAUACAUUUGUAGUUCUUUAUAUUUCUUGGGUUACUGCUUCCAUCCCUCUUCACGUUUGGUUUUGCUGGCUAAAAGUAAUGAGAGAUGAAUAGUGGAAAAUUUUAAACUGCCAGAUGUUGCGCAUCCCUGCACCAGUUGGGAUGGAUAUUAAUUUUGCAAAAUGAUAUCAUAAACAUGUAAUGUGGCAAAACUGGAUUGACUAGUGUUUAGGACCACAUCUUUCUGCCAUUGCUAGGAGCAGAAAUGUUUCAUGAAAAAAAUUUAUUCGCAUACAGUAAGUGAAUUGGCUUCUAGAUUCAUCUGAAUACUAGGUUUAAGAGGCUUACACGUUGAGUGGAAGACAUCCUGCAGAUACAUUUAUGACUUCAUGAACCACAAAAUAGUAAUAAAAGAUGUAGCCAAACUGUAAAAAAACUAGGAACAAAAGUUUAAGAAGAAGGCUCAAAUAUAAUACCGUAGUACCACAGCUACAAUAGUGCCUCGGUUUACAAACGCCUCGGUUAAUGUAAUUUUCAGUUUACAAAUGGAAUUCUAUUGAGAAUAAUGCCUCAGUUUACAAUUUUUUCCUGCAGUACAAAGGAGGCUUCCCCAGGAUGCAUCGUGCCUGGAGGGUUAUAGUGCAGCCCUAUGGUUUUCCUAUGACAAACCGCAUUUCAGUUUACAAAGUUUUCGCAUUACGUAACGUCCUGGAGAACACAUUAAAUUAUGGUUUAGGUCUUAACGUUGGUGGGAUGCCUAGAAAAAGGACAUCUAUAACUACAUAGAAUAUAUGGGAAGACAUAUUUACCCUAUAAAGUUCUAGCAGUAUUAAAAAAAAUUAACUGCCAUUGUUGUAUCCUAUUCUUUUCUGGAGAGCUCUAAUGCUAUAGUUCAGGAGAGGACUACUGUAUAACUGGUGUAGAUAUGGCCAAAAUAAUUUGAAAGUUGACAUAGUUUAUUUUUUUCUCAACUGGUUUGUAUUUUUAUUCUGGCCCAGUGACCCCAAUGAGAUGUAUGUCCUUUUAGAUUCAGUCUGCUAGUUUAGUUGAAAUGCUAAGUGACUAGUUCUGGGGUUUUCUUGUUAGGUGUUAAUGACUGUGACUGCAGUUCUAUGUAUACUUGUAAAUGGGCAUACUGGGGUUUAUCAAUAAUUAGGGGUAGCAUUACAUUGUGGAUAGCAAAAUACCUAGGUGCUGUCUUGAAAAUGAGAUGUAUAAUAUGCAAAAGAAGAGCUGCACACACGUAAAAUUUAUUGGUUUUCUGGAUUUUUUUAUUACAACAAUAUUGUAGCCACUGCUGUGCUUUGAUAUUUCUAACUGAUUUCUUGUCCAAUUUAUGCAUACAUCAUGCAUACAUGACACCCACCUCCUUUAUACUUUAUACAUUUUUGGUCCAUUUUAUCUGCCUGAAAUAAAAACAGACCUUUUGUAUUUUC